AAAAGAGUGUACCUUCAUAGACGGUUUGACAGCCGCUAAGAUAAGCACCAGUUAUCAAUGAUGUAUCGCGAACCUUCCACUCGAUCAGCCAAUAACUCAACCCUGGCCCCUCGUCACAUUCUGCGACUAUUCAUCUUGAGAAAAAGCCUGCAUCUGCGGACUACUUGGUAUGGAUUGAGAAAACACAAAGGGAAAAUCAAAUCGUGCAUCAGCAUCAUCCAUUCCUUCCUGUUCCACCCACCUAUAGCUCGUAAUUGACGUCAAUUCUACCGUGUGCGCGCGGCGCGACCCCUCUCUCCAAGAGAACGGAGAAAAAAAAAAUCAUCAGCCUAUACGACCCGCUCUACAAGUCACGAACCUCUCUUGCGACCCUACGCGAGAAACCCUGGGAUGAAUCCAGCCGACUGAAUAGACCAAUUUCUACACCUCACGACCAGCGCCAACAGAAUAAACAAGCAACCGCAAAAGAACUACGUCAACAGCCAUGACUACCCCAACCCCCACCAUCCUCCUCCCCCACCUACCCCCCAAGACCCUGGUCGGCAUCGACCUAAUCACCUUCACUUCGACAGCCAACUUCCACGGUAUCCGCGACCUCCCCCGAGGAUGGCACUUUCUCUACACCGGCACGACAGAGAGCCUCUCCCUCCGCUGCGGCAGCUGGUUCUACGUUGGUGACCUCGACGCCGCCGCCGCUGCGGGCACACUUACACACCCCACUACAACUAUGGAUAACAACGCACUCGUCUCGCAGCGCCAAAAACAAUCGCAACAUUCCGGCCAGGACAAUGUCAUCGUCUGGAAGUGGGACGCGAAGAGCGAGACCCUCGCGCCAUUGAGCGCCGACAGCGAUGCGGAUAAGCAGGAGGCCAUGCGGCAGAAGGCGAAUCUUGGGGCGAUCUAUCAUCGGGGCGGGCUGUUCCGGUAUCGGAGUCGGGUGACGGAGGCGAUGUUGGCGAUGCAGCAGCAGCAGCGGGGGGCAGGGUCUGCGGUACGGUUAUUGGGAGAUAAUGGGGACGGAGCAGAAGAUGAGGAGGAGGAUGAGCAGGAUGGAAGGAGGGAUUGGCUGGGUUUGACGGAUAGAAUCACGCCCAGCGUGCUGGAUAGGAUUGUGGGGGUGCCUGUUGUUGAUGUGGAUGGGAGGCCGAGGUGGAUGGUUACCUCGGCGAGUACGGCUUUGAGAGAUAGUGAUGCUAUUCCUGGAUUGACGGUGAAGGAAGGGGUCGAGCAGGAGGUGGAUGAGGAGGCGAUUGAGAGGGUGACGGGGGAGAAGGAACCGGAGUUCUCGUUCGUUCCUGUGGACUUGAAAAGGACGUGGAGGGAGGGCGCGAUUGGGAGGGAGAGGACGGAGGCGGCUCAAGAUCGCUCGUGGGCGUUAGGGGAUCUGAUCAAGAGGGUCGCGGGGUCCAGCGAUAUUGAGACCGAUCAGGGGAGGGAGAGAAUCGGGGAAGGCCAGCUGUUGGGGGAGCUGCAGUUUUCUUUCUUGAUGAUCUUGACUCUCAUGAACUACUCGUGUCUGCAGCAAUGGAAGCGACUGCUGGAGCUGAUUCUCACCUGUCGGAGCGCGAUCCGCGACCGGGAGACGUUCAUGAGUGAUCUGCUGCGAUUGCUCCUGCUGCAGCUGCGGCGCUGUGAUGAUGUGGAAGGUGGUUUGUUCGAUCUCGAUGGAGACGAAGGCGGUGCGUUCUUGCGAAAACUGCUGAUGAAGUUCCGGAAGUCGCUCUACGAGGUUGUCGAGGGCACAGAAUCACAGGUAAAGACCGAAUUUGAGAAGCUCGAGGCUUUUGUCAAGGAAGAAUUUGACUGGGAGCUUAAUCGCGAUGUGAUCCUUCGACGAGGUAUGGUACAGUUGGAGGAUGGUGAGCAGGUGGAGCUGGAGGUAGAGGGUGACAAUGAAGAUGAGGAGCUUGGAGAAUAUGCACCUAUGGUGGUAGAUCUUGGGGAGGGUACUGGCAGAGAUGAUAGUGAUUCACUUGAAGACUUGAACUGAUAGUUGCGAGUGGGUGACUUGGAAUGUUGCCAAUGGUUUGUACUAUUUGAAGCGCGUUAUAUGGUCUGUAGCACGAGAUCAAGACAAAUAGCCCA